GAGGGAUGCGAUUGUGGUGCGGCUCCGUGGUGUGGUGAUCGCAUAUCUCUAUGGUGUGAACACUAAGGGGAUCACAGCUCUGUCACUCUUUAGAUACACUGUCAAGGCAUGCUGGGAGUUGUAGUUUUGUCACAUAUUGGGGAUCGGUGUAGUGUAGGAAUUCUGUCUACCUCAAUCCCCUUAUCCAGUCACUGAUUAGAGGAACUGGACAGUAUUUCUACCUGACUGUUGCCCCCUUGAGCAGUGUUUCCCAACCAGGGUGCCUCCAGCUGUUGCAAAACUACAACUCCCAGCGGCUGUCCGCGCAUGCUGGGAGUUGUAGUUUUGCAACAGCUGGAGGCACCCUGGUUGGGAAACACUGCCCUAGAGCAUUGGUAUAAACGUUUUGAGGGGUGUGACUGCACCCUGUCCUGGCUCCGUCUGUUCUCUGCACCUGAUCACCCAGACUCCUGGCUUCCUUGGCUCCUGGCCUGGUUUCUAUUUUCCCAAAAUGGGAAUCCCCUAGACCCCACUCACACCAGGCUAAGGAUCCACUCAGAGAAACGUAUCAAAUAAAUGGACAAUGCAUUUCGAGAGCACCUACCCCUCUACUUAUCAGGUUCUAUGUAGCCUCACCAGUGCAUGAUGGGGCCCAAAAGCAAACCAACAUGUAAGAAGAUUGAUCCAGUAGACUCUGACAUUACUAACAUGCUGGAAUAAUCUGACCUGUGCUGCUGGUAUGGAGUUUAGACACACAAGAAUCCCUGUGCCUGAAUACUCUGAUGUAGACAAACACCGUUUUCUACAGGAAAUUUACAGUGCGAGAAAGCCAGUUGUAUUAAAAAACUUGAAUUUGGGAUCUUGUAAAACAAAAUGGACCGUGGAUUACAUGAGCAAGAAGGGUGGAGGGCGAGAGGUAAAGAUCCAUGUGUCUGAGGAGCCGCAGAUGGAUUUUAUUCAGAAGAAUUUCAUCUACAGGUCUCUUCCAUUUGAUGUAUUUGUACAUAGAGCAGCUGAGAACAAACACAAAGAGUUCUUUAUCUCAGAGGAAGAAAAAUAUUAUCUCAGAUCCUUGGGUGAAGACCCUCGGAAGGAUGUUGCAGACAUCAGUAAGCAAUUUCCAGAGUUGGCAGAAGACAUUCAGGUUCCAGAAUUUUUUGAGAAAGACCAAUUCUUCUCCAGUGUGUUCCGGAUUAGCUCGCCUGGACUACAGCUCUGGACGCACUAUGAUGUCAUGGAUAACGUGUUGAUUCAGGUGACAGGAACAAAACGAGUGGUCUUAUACAGUCCACGGGAUGCACCAUAUUUAUAUUUAUCAGGAGACAAAUCUGAGGUGUUGGAUGUAGAUACUCCAGAUUUGGUCAAAUAUCCUCUUUUUGCACAAGCUAGAAGAUAUGAAUGUACCUUACAUGCUGGAGAUGUGCUGUUUAUCCCAGCCCUCUGGUUUCACAAUACAGUUGCUGAGGAGUUUGGAGUAGGAGUAAAUGUCUUUUGGAAGCAUCUCCCAUCAGAAUACUAUGAUAAAACAGAUACCUACGGGAACAAGGACCCCACUGCAGCCUCAAGAGCAGUGCAGAUUUUGGACCGGUCAUUAAAAACCCUUGAUGAAUUACCUGAGGAAUAUAAAGAUUUUUAUGCUAGAAAAAUGGUAUUGCGGAUACAAAAUAAAGCCUACAGUACAAACUUUGAAUAAAAUUUUCUACACAGAA